AUGGCACCCACAACAAACACAAAGAAGAUACGCAAAGGCAAACCAAGGCAUAGGGGACGAAAUCGUGGAGUCCGCAAACGCGAUGGCCACACCCGAGCUGUUGGCUCCCCCAAGCCUCUAGAAGAAGUCACCAACGAGAAAAAGCGGAAACCCAGGAAGAAGAAAGCCCCCGUGCCGAUUCCUGUGUCUGAUGAUCCCCUUGAGAAGAAUAUUCCUGAGGGAGUCCCUAUGCCAGAAGGGUACGUGCUGGUUCCAAAAGGCGACGUCUACAUUACCCGCCACUGUCGCAGCAAGACCAAAGACAUCAGUAAAAUUGUCUACGUUGUCUAUAACCGCACUGGCAAACGCACCCUGGGUAUUCGCAUCCCUGAAGAAAUUUACACCGCCGUCCUCGUCUCUGCAGCAGCGACCAAAGAGUCACGCGCGAGUGCUGUCGAAUCCCGAGAUAAGAAAGAUCUCUCCAAGUCUCGUGCCCUCCUGGAAGCCGAGUUUCCGUUCAUGCCCGCAGGUUCUCUACAGACUAUUCUAGAACACGCUUUUCUCAAAGGAUCUGGACGUGUCGGUAGGACGGGCAUGAUUAGUGAUGAAAAGAAGGUGCUUUUGGCAGUUGAAGCUCAUAUUCGCCAUGUGCAUACGCCUUAUGAGGAUUUGUUGGACGGUGGGGUCGACAGGAAAAAGGCUAGGGAGAUGGUGAGGAAGAGUAUUCUGGAUGUAGAACGUGUUUGGCAGGGUGUGCAGGCUGAGCAGGCCGAGAAGGAACUCACUUUGAGAGCUGCGUGA